AUGGCAAUAUCAGCAGUGGCCUACCUCACAGCAACAGACCAAGGAGGUCACACUCACAUUGGAUUCUUCAUGGGCAAGUCAAAGCUGGCUCCACAUCCCCCACACACUGUUCCACGGCUAGAGCUUUGUGCUGCUGUCAUGGCUGUUGAAUUGGCAGACUUAAUUACAGAUGAAUUGGACACAGACAUCCACAAAGUUACAUUCUACACAGACAGCCGGAUCGUAUUGGGCUAUAUCAACAACACAAGCAGAAGGUUUUAUGUAUAUGUGGCCAACAGAGUCGCUCGCAUCAGGAAGUCCACAAACCCGGAACAGUGGCGCUUUGUCAGUACAGAACACAACCCUGCAGAUCAUGGGACCCGCUCAGUGCCAGCAGCCAUGUUGAAAGAUACCAUCUGGCUUAAGGGCCCAGCUUUCUUGUCCAGAGACACCUGCUCACAGCCAGAGACAUUUGAACUCAUAGACCCUGACGCAGACAUUGACAUACGCCCACAGGUCAAAGCUUUCAUAACCAAAACCUCCGACAAUGAGCUGGGGUCUCAUCGUUUCGAACGAUUCUCCAGUUGGAAGGCACUCAGUCGAGCCAUGGCCAAGCUCAUACAUAAGGUCAGGUCUUGCACAAAAAGCCAGCUCAACAAGAUAGAGGAGUUGACACAAGCAAAACUAGUGCUCAUCAGAAAUGCUCAACACAAUGUGUUUGCUAAGGAGAUGGAAAGCCUUUCCAAAGGAGGUACCGUCUCUAAGUCCAGUCCUCUGAGGAAACUGAGUCCCAUUGUGGAUACGGAUGGCCUACUAAGAGUUGGAGGGCGCAUCACCUUGGCGGGCGUACCCUGGGAGGAGAAACAUCCAAUCAUAGUCCCCAAGAAGCAUCACAUAGCUACCUUAUUGGUGAGGCACUAUCAUGAACAGGUCGCACAUCAGGGCAGGCAUCUUACAGAAGGCGCUGUGCGCUCUGCUGGACUGUGGCUGAUUGGAGGCAAGAGGUUAGUGUCAAGCAUCUUACGUAAAUGUGUAACCUGUAACAAGCUGAGAGGAAGAAUGGAAGAACAAAAAAUGUCAAACUUACCUGCUGAACGACUCAACCCAGGUCCUCCGUUCACAAAUGUAGGUGUUGAUGUGUUUGGUCCAUGGACCAUAAGCUCAAGACGAACCCGAGGUGGCAUUGCAGAGAAUAAACGCUGGGCAGUCAUGUUCACUUGCCUGGUUACAAGAGCUGUGCAUAUCGAAGUGAUCGAGUCUCUGUCAUCCUCAAGCUUUAUAAAUGCAUUGAGAAGAUUCACAGCUGUUCGUGGCCCUGUGCGCCUCUUCCGUUCUGACCAAGGGACAAACUUUGUCGGGGCAUGCAAGGAACUUCAAAUAAAAUCUGAAGACCAUGAACUGACCGCUUACCUGCAAGACCAAGGCAGCACUUGGAUGUUCAACCCUCCCCACUCCUCACACAUGGGUGGAGUGUGGGAGCGGAUGAUAGGCGUCGCACGCAGGAUAUUGGAUGCACUGCUGAUACAGACAAACACCCCCCAUCUGUCUCAUGAGGUUCUGGUCACACUCAUGUCCGAAGUCAUGGCCAUAAUGAACACCAGACCCCUGGUUCCUGUGUCAUCCGAUCCAGACAUGCCCACUGUCCUGACGCCAGCUAUGCUUCUAACACAGAAAGUUGAGCCAGUGUCACCACCUCCAGGAGAGUACGACCUCAAAGACCUGUACAACAAGCAGUGGAAACAAGUCCAGUCUCUAGCUGACACAUUCUGGAAACGUUGGCGUCAAGAAUAUCUGGUGUCACUCCAACCAAGGCGAAAAUGGCACGAGGAAAAGCCAAACCUGAGAGGAGAUGUCGUGCUUCUCAAAGAUGCAUAA